GCCUCUCGCUGUGGUACCUCUAACCAUCACUUUUGUGAACUCUUAAAUCAAGACCCUGUUAUCCCGCAUUCAAACGUUUCGAAUAAAUUCCGCUCAUCUUACUGUAAUCUGUAAUGUGGAGCUUUCUGUCUACGCUUGCUGCAGUUGCCGUCCCAACCAUCCUCGGAUGGAUUCGGGGUAAUAAAGUUCGGGAGAACCCAACCCUGGCCCUCAUGGAAGAGCGAUUUCGGAGAGAGAGAGAAGAAUCCGACCGCCGCAUCCAGCAGGUUCAGAACGAGGCAAACCAGGGUCGUGACUAUGCCGCACAGCUUCAGAGGGAGAAGCAAGAACAAGCCGACAUAGCCAGCAAGGCGAAGCUGGAUGCCGACAAGGCUGCAAAAAUCGUCGAUGAACUACAAGACCAGGCAAACCAGAAGGAUAAGGAGAUGAAGAACAUACAGGCGGCUCAAGAGGAAAUGGAGGCGAAAUGGAAGAAAGGAAUUCGUCCUGUCGAGUGGCCUUCUCAGGAGCAGUAUGAGAAGAUCAAGCGACGGUACUACAAGGAAGGGAAGUUCCAUCUCGCUAUCGCCGGAAUCUCUGGAACCGGCAAAUCGACUCUUAUCAACGCCUUUCGAGGUAUUUGGGACGGCGACGAGAAAGCUGCUCCGACCGAUGUUGUCGAAAGCACUUCCGUCGUUACUGCAUACCCCGAUCCGAAUCCAUCCAACCCUUUCAUUUGGUUUGACGUCCCGGGAUCAGGAACCCUCUCGUGUUCUGAUUGGACGUACUUCAACAACCAAGGACUCUUCAUCUUCGAUGCCAUUAUCGUUUUAUUCAACGAUCGUUUCACCGCUACAGAUGCAGCCAUAUUGAAGAAUGCCGAGCGGUACAACAUCCCCACCUACAUCGUUCGUUCCAAGUCCGACAUACACAUCGAAAACAUCAUUAAGAAAACACGGCGGAUGCCCGGCGCAAGAGCCGAUCCCACCAAGGUUCUUGACGAUGCUCGCAAGGAGUUCAUGAAGAAGACGCGGGACAGUGUUCGCACUAAUCUGAUGAAGAACGAUCCGCCACUUCGAUCGCAGAGAGUGUAUGCUGUCUCUCGAGAUACGCUUACUCUGUUGAUUCGGGAGGAGCCGCUUGACGAUAACAUCCAGCUCGACGAGUACGAGUUGUGGAAGGACAUCCUUCAAGAUGCGUUCUCGCGACGAUCCGAGAAGUCGUACGGUUCAAUGGCAGAGCUCAUGAAGAAGGCUGGUUCUGGAAUCUUAGGACUCUUCGCAUAGUAAUAUGACAAGUCUCCUGCUGUGGUUCAUUGCGCGUUUUUUGUCCAUUUUCUCGCCGAUAUGCUUUACUUUAAUUCGUCGAUAGAUUCUUGUUGCUGGAAAUUUCUCUAAUUUAGACCCAGAUUUAGCCUAGCGUUUGUCGUCUCGUGCAUUCAAAUUUUAUUUGAUUUCUUCUUGCUGUGGACCUGUGGUGGGAGGUGGGGAGUUGUUAUUUCAUCGUGUGGGUUAAGGGACAUGCUUGUCUGGGUACUUUCUUGUUCCUAUCAUGUGCGUUCGGCGUAGGUGGUUGUGACUGUUGGCCCGGAGAGCUGGCUAGACUACUUUUGCUUGCGGGUGAGUACCGGUGCGGUGCGGG